UUGUAUUAACAGAAAUGAAUAAUGGCUAAACAACAUAACCUAUAAAUAUCAGUUUUGUCCGCACAUGGGGGUUAUUUUGUGUUCUAAAUAUAAAUAAGCGUGUUUGCCAGUUAACUUGGCCGUUACAGCACAAAGUGCAUCUUUAUUUACAUUUCCUAUACGUGCGCCGUUGCGUCUAUACGAGAGUUUAAUUGAACAUUUCAAUUUCGAAAAAAAUGGCUGGAAAGAAAGGUAACAAGAACAAGGGCAAAAACGUUGCACCCAAAGCCAUCACCAAAGCCAAGUCCAAGGUAAAUAAACCAGCUGUAGUGAGUAAGAAUGAGAAAAAGGCUAUGUUAGUGAAAGAAGCAGUUAAAGUUGCUGCUGCAAAACCUGUGGCUGCAUCUCCCAAAACCAAAAAGGGUAAAGCUAAGCCUGAUGCUAAGGUGGAGAUUGUUGAACAAGAGACACCACAAGUUGCCUUAGCAGAAGUAGAAUCUAAAAAUAAGGGUAAAAAGGGUAAGAAAGCUGUGAAUCAACAAGUAAACAACAAUAAGGCAGCUUCACCCAAAGCAAAGGGAAAGACAAAUGUAGCUGCAGUUGUACCAGCUAACAAUAACAAGGUGCCAAAUAAGAAAAAAAAUAGGAAAGGUAAAAAUAAACCCAUACCUGCUGAAGAAGCUGUUACUGAAGAAGAAGAAGAAGAAGUGUCAACUGUGCAAUCAAAGGGCAAGAAAGGUAAAAAGAAAGGUGCCAAUGUUGAAACUGCCCCUGCUACAAAUAGUGAAGUUACCACAAUGAAAGUACAAAACAAGAAGAAAGGUAGAACUGCAACUGAAGAGUCAAUUGAAGAACCAGAAGAUCAAGAAGCUGCUUCACCCAUAGGUAAAAGGGCAAGCAAAAGGAGUAUUGUAAAGAAUGGCACUGAAGAGGCUAAAAAACAGAAAAUUGAUGACACUGAAGCCAAUGGUAAAAAGCAAGAUGCUAAAAAGCGAAGGUUCACGUUAUUCGUUGGCAAUUUGGCUUUCGCAACUACUCCGGAAGAUAUUGAGAAGCAUUUCAGCAAAGCCGGAAAUAUUAGCAACGUGCGUUUGAUGUACGAUAAAAGCGUUCCGAAGAAAUCGAAAGGGUUUGGGUACAUUGAACUGACGGAUAAAGACACAUACGAGAAAUGCGCAUCGAUGCAUCAUACAAUGCUAGGCAACCGACGCAUCAACGUCGAGUACACGGGUGACCCGAACGAGAGCAAAACAGUCCGAAACGUGAAGAACGCAAAGUUGUCCGCAUUGAGGAAAAAGGGAAUGCUGUUGGGCAGCAAGAAGGAUUCUCAGAAGCGGUCGACCAGGAGGAAAAACAACAAGAAUAAAUAAUUUAAUAAUUGACGGACAUAGUACAAAUUUGAUUUAACAUUUUAAAAUGUUGUUGUUAUUAUUUUUAAAUAUUAUUUGACGAACGUACGUCGGCAAUUGUAUAUGUAUGAUUUAGUAAAUCGAUACGCGAAUAAGAAAGCCAUGCAAUCUUAACGUAAUUUUGUUUUUGUAAGUAUAGGAUUUAUUUGUUCAUUGUCAAUUCACAUAUGACAAUGAUUUACUUUGUAUCCAAUUUGGUUAGUUUCUUUUUUAUUUCGAUUGAAACGUGGUGAGAAAACUGGGCAGUUUUCGGCAAUGUUCAUUCUGAUGUAUAAAAAAAAAUUCAAAUAAAUUGAG